AUUUUAUUAUGGGAAGCUAUUGUUGUGCGUAAGAAAUUACGAAUAGUAAAGAAAUUCUCGAUUAAUUUAAGGUAAUGAAAAUCAAAUAGAAACCAAACCAAUAGAUUUUAACUAGAACAAUAAGAAAUAUUAGAGUUCAGCUACAAGUAAUUUAUUUUUCAAAUUUCUCCUUUUUCAGAAAAAAUAACUCUGCUUAAAGUAAGCCCUGAUUUGUUCAUUCCUAUGAAACGGCAAGAUAUUUAUAGUGUAUAUUCUUUAGGUAAAGCCUUAGGAGAAGGUAUUUGUUAAUUAACUCUUAAGGGGCUUAUGGUCAGGUUUCUACUGUAACUAACAAAAGAACAGGUAUUUGAUUCAAUUAGAGAAAUAGGAAUCAUUAGAGCAAUGAAAGCGAUUAGAAAAGAUAGUUUAUUUGAAGAGGAAGAAUAAAAAUUGUUUUAAGAAAUGAAUAUAUUAAAAGAUCUUGAUCAUCCAAAUAUUGUUAAAUUAAGUGAACUUUUUUAAGAUGAAAAAUACUAUUAUCUUAUUACAGAGUAAUGAAUGAUUAUAAGAUUAGGUAUCUUUAAGGAGGUGAACUUUUUGAUAGAAUCAAGAAAGCUAAAACUUUCAGUGAAAAAGAUGCAGCUAAAAUAAUGUGUUAAAUUCUUAGUGGUGUAGCUUAUUGUCAUACAAAAUAAAUUGUUCAUAGAGAUUUAAAACCAGAAAAUAUAGUAUUUACAUCUAACGAUGAAGAUGCUUAAUUAAAAAUAAUUGAUUUUGGAACUUCUAGAAGAUUUGAAAAAAAUAAGAAAAUGACUAAAAGAUUAGGAACUGUAUUAAUUAAAUAAAAAUCAUAGCCUUAUUAUAUUGCACCUGAAGUUUUACUAAAAUAAUAUAAUGAGAAAUGUGAUGUAUGGUCAUGUGGAGUGAUGUUAUUUAUUCUUUUAGCAGGAUAUCCACCAUUUUAUGGUAAAAAGGAGGCAGAUAUUUAUCAAAAAAUAGUAAAAGCUUAAGUUUCAUUUCAUAGUAUUUUAUUAUUAUUAUUUAUAGCUGCAGAAUGGUCUAAAAUUAGUGAACCUGCUAAAUAACUUAUUUUAAAAAUGCUGUGUAAAAACGUUGAUUAAAGAAUCAGUGCUUAAGAUGCAUUAAAUCAUCCUUGGAUGAUUGAAUAUAAUCAUACCAAUCUUGUUGAUAAACAAUUUUUAAAAAAUCUCUCAUAAUUCAGUGCUAAAAGUAAACUUAAAUAAUCACUUUUAACAUUUAUGGCAUGCUAAAUGAUUUAAUAAAAUGAGGUUGAAGAUAUAUAAAAAAAGUUCAAAGAAUUAGAUUAAAAUGGAGAUGGUACUGUUUCUAAAGAUGAAUUAAUUUAAGCAUUUUAAGAAAAACUAUUAAAUAAAGAUUACUUUGUUGAUUCAUUAGAUGAAUAGAUGGAUAAAGUUAUUAAAUAAAUAGACACUAAUUUAUCAGGAAAGAUAGAUUAUACUGAAUUUAUUAUUGUCUGUUUAUAAUAAUAAAGGAUAUUAACUGAAGAUAAAAUCAAAUAAGCUUUUAAAAUUGUUGACAUAGUAAUACGAUUCAUAAUAUCCAUAGGAUGGAAAUAAUUAUAUAUCAAAAGAGGAAUUUUAAUAGGUGAUGGAAGGAGUGGAUGAUGUCUUAUGGAAUGAAUUUCUUGAAGAAUGUGAUGAAGAUAAAGAUGGUAAAAUUUCGGAAGAGGAAUUCAUUCAAAUUAUUAUGAACAAAAUUUGAU